CUGAGCCGGGAGGGUAGUUUGGCCGACCAAUUGCUGGAAGUCGAAGGGCUGGCGAAGCAUUUUCGGGGCGGCGGUAACUGGAUUAACCGUGGCGGGGAUUCCAUACGCGCAGUGGAUGGCGUCAGCUUUUCCGUAGGAGAGGGCGAAACAUUCGCCCUGGUGGGCGAGAGCGGCUGCGGAAAGACUACCGUAGCCAAGAUGAUUUUGCUCCUGGAACGCCCGACUUGGGGAACCAUUAAAUUCCAGGGAGAAGACGUCAGCCGCUUCAGGGGAAGCGGGUUGCGGGAAUACAAACGCCUGGUGCAGGCGGUGUUUCAGGACCCGUACAGUUCCCUCAACCCGCGAAUGCAGGUUCUGGACAUUAUCGGUGAACCCCUGCGUGUCCACCAGAAGCUGCGCGGGCGAAACCUGCGUAUGCGGGUGGGCGAACUGCUGGAAAACGUGGGACUGAAUCCCGUGACGGCCACUUUCUUCCCUCACCAGUUUAGCGGAGGACAGCGCCAGCGUAUUGCCAUUGCUCGCGCCCUGGCCCUCCGGCCUAACCUGAUUGUGCUGGACGAGCCCGUUUCGGGCCUGGAUGUUUCUAUCAGGGCGCAGAUUCUCAACUUGCUGGUGCAGCUGCAGCGCGACCUGGGCCUGAGCUACCUGCUCAUAUCCCACGAUUUGGCCAUCGUCGAGCACAUGAGCCAUAGGGUGGGCGUUAUGUACGUGGGCAAGAUGGUGGAACUGGCAACCAGGGAUGAAUUCUACGGAAAUACCCUGCAUCCUUACAGCAAUGCGCUGCUUGCGUCCGUCCCCCAACCAGACCCGGACAUCCCCAUGGGGACUACCAUAACUGGCGAAGUGGCCAGCCCCAUCAAUCCACCUAGCGGAUGCCGGUUCCAUACCCGUUGCCCGAUUUACCUGGAGACAGACAUGUGCCGCGAAGUGGAACCUGAAUGGCGGGAAGUGCUCACCGACCAUCUAACGGCCUGCCACAAGGUUGAGCCGGCGGUUGUCUGA